GCGUCUCGGUGUGACGUGCUGCUGAGGGACUGUGAAGUCUCGCAACGCUUCAGACUUGCAGAGUGACAACUUCACGAUGGCGGUGGCGGCGCCUCGUCUUUUUCCUCUUCCCCGCCGUCGUCGCCGCCGCCGGUCGGCUUGAGCCUUCCCUCCCCCGGGCACACGUCCCGGCCCCCGGAGCCUCCGACUCCCGUCAAACGCGACGUAUUCCAGGGCGUUUUUAUUUUGUUGUGUACGUCGCCCGUGUGCUAACUUUACCCUUUUUUUUUUUUUUUUUCCGGGGUGUUUUUCGGCCGCUCCCAUUGCCAAAUAUGCGAGCGUGAAUGGCAACAUACCUCAGUGGAGAGGGCCGGGGUACGGCGUAAAUACACGCCGAGGAUGUGCCGCUGACGACGGCAAUGAUGUUUGUGGUCGCGUCAUCUGUACAAAGCGUCGUCGUCAAGGAAAUCGGGACUUUUUCUUUUUUUGGGCGGGGGUACACUCGUUUCCCCCUCAUGGACCACACCGGGUGGGCGGCCGCCGCUGACUCCCGCUGACACCGGAGAGGACCCCACCCGCCGCCCGCUCCACCAGGUGGCUCAACUAGGCUUCCUCGUUCCCAAUGCCGAGGUACAUAGCAGGAGUCCUCCAUUAAGAUGUCAGCGUGGCUGAUUUGACACAUUGACACAUUGCCUGUAGGAAACAGGAGUUUUCUCCUCUUCCUUUUCCCCUUCUCCCACCCCAACCCCCUCUCCUUCCCCCCCUACCCUAUCAGUCUUCACCUCAGCCUGCCUUUUCCAACCCCACCCCACCUUCCACCAUGCUUAUCAAGGAGUACCGCAUCCCCAUGCCUAUGAGUGUGGAGGAGUACCGCAUCGCCCAGCUCUACAUGAUCCAGAAAAAGAGCCGGGAGGAGAGCUGCGGCGAGGGCAGCGGCGUGGAGAUCCUAAAAAACAAACCGUACACGGACGGACCAGGGGGGACAGGCCAGUACACCCACAAGGUUUACCACAUCGGUAUGCACAUUCCCAGCUGGUUCCGCUCCAUCCUGCCCAAAGCUGCUCUCAGGGUGGAAGAGGAGUCCUGGAACGCCUACCCAUACACGCGCACACGAUACACGUGUCCCUUCGUGGAAAAGUUCUCCAUCGACAUUGAGACGUACUACAUGGGCGACACGGGCAGCCAGCCCGACGUUUUCAACAUGUCCGCCGCCGACAAGAGGCAGAGGACCGUCGACCCCAUCGACAUAGUGACUGACCCCAUUCCUCCCCACGAGUACAAGGCCGAGGAGGACCCAAGGUUGUACAAGUCGGCCAAGACCCAGAGGGGCCCCUUGCUGGACGACUGGAUCGAAGAGUACAACAACAACCCGGGCAGGACGCCCAUCAUGUGCGCCUACAAGCUGUGCAAGGUGGAGUUCCGCUACUGGGGCAUGCAGUCCAAGAUUGAGAGAUUCAUCCAUGACGUUGGACUAAGAAAAGUGAUGGUACGCGCCCACCGGCAGGCCUGGUGCUGGCAAGACGAGUGGUACGGUCUGACCAUGGAGGACAUCCGGCAGCUGGAGCUGGAGACCCAGCUGACUCUAGCCAGGAAGAUGGCACAUUUCUGCCAGGUGGAGGAGGCGACCGAGGCCAAUGGGGGUACGCCGCCUCCUGUCAAAGAGCAGGAGGCCAAGGACGCGAUGGAGGCCGAGGUGACGGUCGCCGGCACUGGGACGAACACUCUGCAGCCCCGCGGCGUGCUCACCAAGCAGUGGUCCACCUCCUCAAGGUCCUCUCGCUCCUCAAAACGAGGAGUGAGCCCGUCCCGACACAGCAUUUCCGAGUGGAGGAUGCAGAGUAUCGCACGGGACUCGGACGACAGCUCGGAUGAAGAGUUCUUCGACGCCCACGAGGAUUUCUCAGACGGCGAGGAUGUCUUACCCAAGCAAAUCGCCAAGUGGAACUCAAACGACCUCAUGGACAAGAUCGAGGCUUCCGACAUGGAAGAACCUUCCGGCGAGCUGUUGAAGGACAUGGCGGUGGACUACGACAGAGCGGCUGGCGGGGAAAGGCUAGAUGAGAUGCGAGACUCCGUUAGGGUCCCAGCCGAUAGCUCUCCCAUUCCCACCAUCACAGUAACGCGGCACCAGUCCGAGAGCUCGUGCCAGCAGUGUCUGCAGCCCUCCAAGAUCCACGUGCUCAUCCUGGUCCUGCACGGCGGCAACAUCCUGGACACGGGCGGCGGCGAGCAGAGCGGCAAGCAGGCCGACGUCAACACAAUCGGCGCAGCGUUCGAUUCCGUCAUGCGUGUCCACUACCCGGCGGCGUUGGGCCGCCUCGCCGUCCGCCUGGUCCCGUGUCCCGCCAUCUGCGCCGAGGCCUUUUCCCUCGUGUCCAACCUGAGCCCGUACGGCUACGAUGAAGGCUGUCUGUCCAGUAGCCAAGAUCACAUCCCGCUGGCGGCUCUUCCCCUGCUAGCCACAUCUGCGCCUCAGUACCAGGAGGCCGUGGCCACCGUCAUCGCCAGAGCCAAUCAGGUCUACACCGACUUCAUCAAGUCUCUGGACGGGGCCGCUUUCUCCGGGCAGGUCUGCCUCAUCGGGGACUGCGUGGGAGGAAUACUAGGGUUCGACGCUCUGUGCAGCAGCAACCAGACAGUCAAUGAAAGCCAGAAUAGCAGCCGGAGGGGCAGUCUUGUCAGUGUACAGGACCAGGAUCUCCUGUCGCCGGGCACAAUUAUCAACUGCGGGCAGGGGUCUGCCUCGCCCACCCUGGAGGGCAGCCGCCACCUGAGCCGCAGCAAUAUCGACAUUCCAAGAAAUGUUUCGGGCGACGACAACAAGAAGCUGCAGCGCAAGAGAAGCGACUUGUCCACCUACGAGCUGGACACCAUCAAGCAACACCAGGCCUUCCUGUCCAGCUUGCACUCCAACAUCCUACGGGGCGACGGGACCUCGCGCAGGUCGAGCAGCAGCACCAUGCUAGACUCGCUGGGCAAGCUGGACUUUGAAGUGGCCGACUUUUUCCUCUUUGGCUCGCCGCUGGGCCUCGUGCUUGCCCUGAGGAAAACGGUCAUCCCCAUGCUGGAUGUGGCCCAGCUCCGUCCCGCCUGUCAACAGGUGUACAAUUUAUUCCAUCCGGCUGAUCCCUCCGCCUCGCGCCUGGAGCCUCUUCUGGAGAGGAAGUUCCACCUGUUGCCUCCUUUCAACGUGCCCCGCUACCAACGCUUCCCGCUGGGGGACGGAAAUUCUACUCUGCUGGUGGAGACAGUCCAGAGCAACGCUCCGCUGCUACUUGACAGCGGGCCGCCCGUGUCGCUUCGCUGUCAGGAGACCAUCAGUGAGACGUGCAUCCCCGUACCCGUGCUAAACUGGCAGGAGGGCGCCCUCAAGGCCACACCCGCCACACCCGAGUCGGAUGUUGUUCAGUCUCAUGGUGGUGUCUUCAUGGACAGUUCGUACCCCUCAUCCCCAGUCACAGGCCCCUUCUCCCGGGGCCAGCGCCGCGCCAGUGAGGUCAGCAUUGCCAGCCAGGUGUCAGGAAUGGCAGACAGUUACACUGCCAGCAACAUAGCCAACACCCAGACAGACUCGUUUAGUCAGUCCCAAACAUCUGGCCUCUUGUCCCACCUGGCCCUGUCAUCCCAAAACAAAUUCUUCUUGAAAAGCCCUCCCAAAUCCCGCAAGAAACACAAAGAACUCGCCGACAAGAAGGACGGGGAGGCGACUUCAUGCGACAGUCAAAGUCUAGGGUCCGACAGCUGCGUGUCUCCCGGCCUGCACAAUGCUAUAUGCGAUCUGGUCUCUCUGGACUCCCAGGCGGAGGUGGACCAAGUUGCAGCGCGCUGGUGGGGCACCAAGCGCAUGGACUUUGCCCUCUACUGCCCCGAUGCGCUGACAGCCUUCCCCACCGUGGCUUUGCCUCACCUCUUUCACGCGUCCUACUGGGAGUCCACCGACGUGGUGUCCUUCCUCCUCAGACAGGUUAUGAGACAUGACAACUCCAGCAUCCUGGAACUGGAUGGCAAAGAAGUGUCGGAGUUCACGCCCUCUAAACCUCGCGAGAAGUGGCUGCGCAAAAGGACUCACGUGAAGAUCAGGAACGUCACGGCCAACCACCGCGUCAACGAUGCCGUGUUCACCGAGGACAGCCAGCAGACGGUGACCGGCCGCUUCAUGUACGGCCCGCUGGACAUGGUCACUCUGGCUGGGGAGAAGGUGGACCUGCACAUCAUGACUCAGCCUCCGUCAGGAGAAUGGGUUUACUUCAACACGGAGGUCACCAACAGUAGCGGCCGCGUGUCCUUUGUCCUUCCUGACGACAAGCGCUUGGGCGUCGGCGUCUACCCUGUUAAAAUGGUCGUGAGGGGCGACCACACGUUUGCAGACAGCUACCUGACGGUGAUCCCUCGCAGCACAGAAUUUGUGGUCUUCAGCAUAGACGGCUCCUUUGCCGCCAGCGUGUCCAUCAUGGGCAGCGACCCCAAAGUGCGGGCGGGGGCUGUGGACGUCGUCAGGCACUGGCAGGAUUUGGGCUACCUGAUCAUCUACGUGACGGGCCGACCGGACAUGCAGAAGCAGAGAGUGGUCGCCUGGCUGUCGCAGCACAACUUCCCGCACGGCAUCGUGUCCUUCUGCGACGGCCUCGUGCACGACCCGCUCAGACACAAGGCCAACUUCCUCAAGUCCUUGACCGAGGCCAACAUGAAGAUAUUUGCGGGCUACGGGUCCAGCAAAGACAUCUCUGUGUACACCUCCAUCAACCUGCAUCCAUCACAGAUCUUCAUUGUUGGCAGACCCUCCAAGAAGAUGCAGCACCAGUGUCAAUUCAUCACGGAGGGCUACGCGUCCCACCUGUCCCAGCUAGAACACAACCACCGCUCGCGUCCGGCCAAGUCCAGCAGCACCCGCAUGGUCCUACGCAAGGGCAGCUUCGGCCUGGGCGCCAACAGCGACUUCCUGCGCAAACGCAACCACCUGCUGCGCACCAUCUCCUCGCAGCCCACGCCCAGCUCGCCCACGGCGGGAGGCGGGGGCGGCGUCCACGGCCGCCCCGAGCGCACGCAGAGCCAGUCGGACGGCGAGCGCGGCGCCCCCCACGCCCACGUCCACGGUGCCGCACAGCGCAGCAUGAGCAUCACGGCGGGAUGUUGGGGACGCAGCGGCGGCGCCAAGAUGGAGGCCGGAGCCCUCAGCCCCAAAUGAGCAGAAUGGCUACGGAAAGGGACACAGUCCUACUGACAAUAGACAACAAUACUAGUAAUUGAUGCCCCCCAAAAGAAUGCCUAUACAGCGAACCUCUGUUUAUAGUGGGGGGUGGGGGGGGGGAUACGCCAGCCAAAUUUGCCAUAUAGAAAGACCAUAUAAUGAUUUGAUUCGAUUUUUUUUUUUAAAUUGUUUCAAUGCUCCCAUUGCAACUUAUUAGAACACACUUUUUAAAGUAUUCCUUAGCGGCUGUUCUCACAUUGUCAAGAAAUGCGAGACUUUCUUAUAACAUCACGAUACGAGGCAAAGUUUGUCUUUACUGUAGAAUUGACCCCAGCCCUCAAAAAAAGAAAAUUAAACAUUUUAUAUUGAAACACCAAAAUGUUAAAUGAAACCAUAUCAUUUUGCCUCAUGAAAGUCCACCAGCUUAAUGCUAACAUAUGCGAAACACUGUAGAGGAGCCAACAGAAAUGAGAUAACAUUCGAUUUUAAAAUAACUGCUACUUUACACACACAAAAGCAGCAACAAAUACAAACAGCAUACAACAAUACUCACAGGCAUACAUUCGCUCUGCUCUGUGGGACAAUUCCUGGAGUGAAUUUCUUGGCCUCUUCUUCUUGCUCUUAAUGACGCUUGCUUGUCUUCCAGCACACCACGGUUGCCAGGCAUAUUGUGGCACCACGUGGUACUGCACUGAAGGUGUACAACUCUAAAUUUGGACUGGCAUGUAUAUUGUAAAAAAAAAAGCCCAAAAAUGAUUGCUUAAAAAUCUGCGAUAUAGCAGGGGUUCACUGUACAGUGUUUUCGCAAAUUCACCUAUUCUCUUUUUUUUUUCAGACCUGUCCUCCAAUAUUCUCAGAAACCUGGCCUACUUACUGUUUUUGCUCUUUCUGAAGGUCCUAAACUGCCACAAGAUGACACACAAAAUAAUACAUACAUAGAGUUAAUGGCUUACUGAUGAUUUGAUUGGGCGGGGGGGGGGGCACUGGCCCUCUCCACUAACAACCCAGGCUAAAGUUCUCCCCGACAUACAAAAACUCGUCUCACAGUAGAGAUGUAUCACUUCAACAUACUUCCUGGAGACCAGUUCCGAUUUAAAUAGGGCUUUGGUGCCAUCUUGCGGCAUCGUAGAUUACUUCGGAAAGAGCACAAAAGCGCAAAUAGUGAAAUGUUCACCGAAUAACGAGGAUAGGUUCCACAGGGGGGAAAAAAAAAAACCUAAUGGGUGAAUUC